AAAGGUCUUCUCUGCGACUCCUCAUCAACGUCGUUUUCCAAUCUCAGCUUUUUGUUCAACUUGCGCUCAAGAUGGAAGAUGUCCUCACAGAGAUUCCACCACCUUCAAGGUUCUUUCAGGAAGAUCUCAACAACUUCACACCUCCUUCAUCACCACUUCCAUCUCCUUUCCUUCUAUUCUCUAAUCCUAAACCUGAUCAACCACUUCGUCCAACUCUCCUCAUCAUUGCCUUAUCUACCUCAUCUCUUUAUGUCUUCAACCAUGUAUCCUCAAAGACCCUAAUCGGUAGUGUCUUCCUACCCGAGAUUCCUUUCUCAGGCAAUACUUUCAAACCCUCUCUUGGAAACAAAUCCUGCAACAUCUAUGCCCUAAACAAUGCUGAUAAUUUGACUCUUCUGGUUUCCAUUCAGUGCUCUGUCAGUACUGAGAGAUCUAAUGUGGUUGCAAAGUUGCUUAUUGGUGAACAAAUCAUUCCUGAGAGGGUUCUAAUCUGGGAUUCAGUUCAGAGCCAGAAUUUCAGGGGUAAGCUUUCAUCUGAUGAAACAUGUGCUUUCAAGCUAGAGACGUUGGCAGAGAGGAAAGGGCAAGAUGGUGUCUGUGGAGUUUCAUCCUUACUGAAGGGUUUAGACUAUUUUCCUUCAGGGAGUAUGGUGGAUGGCUUGGCAGCUGCACUCUUAGCUCGAUGCCAGAUGAGGAACAUCAGAGGAGCUCUCUGUCUUUCCUGGCCUGAAUGUGGUGGUUCUGUGGUAGCUCUUAUAAAGUCUAUCCUGCAGAGAACUGUGUUGCAUGGCAUUGACUUGAGCUCUAAGGGAGAUGCUGAGGAUAAAUACUUAAAGUUUAGUAAGAUUAAGGAUCAUCCUUUUGAUUCUGAGCUGUAUACCUGACGUAUUAGGUUUGAAAUGCUUAUUUGACUCAAGUUUUUAUCUCUCACAAUUUUUAAAUAUUAUGUGACCAGAAAUGGAUGUCUUUGUUUCCCCAUGA